AUGCGCUGGCUCAUUUGGAUUGCGCUCUCGGCUCUUGUAAUGCUCCAAGCGAGCACCCAAGCGCUGUCAACCAACAAAGACAACCUCGAGAUCGAGACGAAAAGGUCGAGGCUGGAUGCUGUUUCUCCGGUCCGGGUAAUCUCGACUUUGCACGAUGUCAGUGGGAACCGAAGCCUGCGGGGUGCCAGCAACAAAGUAAUCGCGCAACAUGAAGACGAAGAGCGCUACAGCACCCGCUCUUUGAAGAAUUAG